AUGGCUGAUGCCGGCAGUUGCCGGACCUCAUCGGACGCUUCCGGAGCCCUAGCUCGGGAAAGCGGUCGAUGGUGGAUGGGGAGGGUGGAGAUCGACACGUCCGCACCGUUUGAGUCCGUGAAGGAGGCCGUCACACGUUUCGGCGGCAGUGCUCCGUGGAGACCGCCGCUCCAGCUCCGGCAGCAGCUUCCGUCCGUCGUCGGGGUAUGUUGUCGUACCUCUGACUCUCACUCUACCUUCCAUUUGUAAGGAAAUGUGGUCACUAGAGGCCUGUUUUCUGUCUAUACCUCUCCUUCUCCGUAAGUACAUUCGUGUUUUGUCUCUUUCUUCGCUCACUUCCGAGUGAUUAGCUUUCCUGGCGAAGGAGACAGGAUUUUUGCUAUUUCCCGGUAUGCUUGCGGUUUCUGAGGUCUUGUCUAUAUUUCAGGGAUUGUUAGUAUGUGAUGCUUGUUUGACAGAGCAUAUUGCGAGUAUAUAGCUUUUUACAAGAUCUCCGGACCCGGUCGGACACCAGCUUGAAUCUCGGUCUUGAGGAGUGAUUACUUAAAAAUAACCUUGUAAAAACUACCUAGUUACUAGCUAGAGAAAGUUAUGAUUACUCGCUGAAAAAUAUGUAGUUACACACCGGUCAGGACUGAAGUAUCCCCUCUCUCAUUUAUUGUGGUACUUCAUUUCGAUCUCCUCAUGUUUGCGGCCAUCCAAGUUUCUCUGAAACAUUGUGAUAGCAUUAUGACUGUAAGCUCACAUUUUCUUUUGAAAAAUUACUCCCAAGUAUCGGUAUUCUAGUGCUUCCGAUUUCGCACUGUUAAUGUUAUGGGCAGUGUGUUCUAACUAGUGGUAAGUGUAAUGUCCCAAAUGGUCUGUACACAGGUCUCGAAGGAAUAUUGAGAAAACCUUCUGCAUUGUGGCCUUUAUAUUGGUUUUGUCUGAGAACUUCAGCGAGGAUUUGUUAUUCGGGUUAAGUGUUAGCAUGUGAAUAAGAGGUUAAUCAUUGUAACGGGUCAUCCGCAUUAGAUUUACCUGAUUUUUUUGGAGUUGCCAAUUUCUGGCCAAAUAAUCUUGAAUAGUCCAAUCCCGGGCUUAAUAAGUCUGACUUCAGCUGAAAAAAGUUAAUAGAAAACAAUAUUUGAAAAUAUUUCCCGUUAGAUAUGGGUUUAAUUGAUUCAAAAAGUCAUAUUUGACCUUCACUAAUUGUCGUCAUCUCCCAAAGAGACUGAUGCAACUUGCAUGAGAGGAAAUUCACCAUGCAAAUGGGCUGAACAUGUCUUAAGCUUUUUUCUUGGCUUUUGGAGAAUAUGGCUCUGUGCUGGACUGAGGGGUGUAAUAGCAACAAUAGAGUGAACUAUGACUUUUUUUUCUUUGUUUCCUCUUCAGAGAAGAAAAUAUUGUGAUUGCAUUCUGAUUUUUUUUUAUCUGUUUGCAGUAUUCUCUAUGAUUUAAUGUCUGCUCCUGAAUUCCCUUUAUUUUGUGAUUGCAUUCUGAUUUUUUUUUAUCUGUUUGCAGUAUUCUCUAUGAUUUAAUGUCUGCUCCUGAAUUCCCUUUAUUUUGUGAUUAGUAUCCUUAGCCUCAUGAUUCACUAGAUCAUAUAUCUAAUUAUAACCUAAAGAAUAUCUCUACCUCAGGGCCAUCAUUCCAUAGCAGACGCUGACUUUCUGGUGAUCAAGGAGCAAACUGCGAAUCUAGAAAAGGACCUCAUCGUCAAAGAAAGGGAAACUUUGGACGUGCUGAAAGAGCUAGAGGCGACCAAAAUGAUAGUGGAUGGACUGAAAACAAAGAUAAAAGAAGAAGCAUCUGAAAUCAGUAAGAUCUCUGAGAAGAAUCCGGAUUCCACGAGGAUACACCCUAUUGUGGAAACAGAGCUGAAGGCUGCGUCAAGAACUGAGAACUGUUUGAAUCAGAUAAAAGAAUCCAGACGCUCAAAGCCGUCACCUGGUUUGAUCCUCAUGGAACUGAAGCAGGCGAAGGUCAACCUGACACGGGCCACAAGUGAUCUGGUCGACAUCAGAGCCUCUGUUGAAUCACUCUACAGCCAAAUAGAGAAUGAGAGAACUAUGCUUGAUGAAACCCGUGAAAGGAUUUCUUCAAACUCGUCUAAGAUUUCAGACCUUGAGAAGGAGUUACAUCAGACAAGACUGAUGAUCCAAUUUACGAAAAAUGAUGGAAAUGGCGGCUGCAUGUAUCCCCCAGAUAUCUCACAGGAGCUCCAUAAACUGAACUCCGAAGUGGAGCAGUACAGAAGAAUGGCGGAAGCUGGGGAAUCCGAGGUUCUGAAGAUGAGAGCUGAGAUUGAGCGCACGAAGGCAAGCAUAAAAACCGCUGAGAUCAGGUUCCUAGCCGCCAAGAAAAUGGAAGAAGCCGCCAAAGCUGCUGAAGCAAGUACACUAGCAGAGAUCAAGGCGUUGACCGACAGUGAUAACCCACCCGAAGUCCUAGAGAAGAAAUCCAGCAUGAUAACUUUGACCACAGAGGAGUAUGAAAGCCUGGGUAAGAAGGCUCAGCAAGCUGAUGAGCUCUCAACAGAGCGCAUCAAAUCGGCCAUGGCUGAGGUGGAAGAGGCGAACAGAUCCAAGCAGGAGCUUCUGCAGAAGGUGGAGGAAGCCACAUUAGAACUCAAGACUAGCAGGAAAGCUCUCAUGGAGGCCCUCAGCAGGGUCGAAUCCGCAAACCAAGGGAAGCUCGCCGUCGAGGAGGCCCUCCGGCGGUGGCGGUCGGAGCACCACAGUCAGCGCCGGCGCCCGUCCCACAGCACGACCCGGUUCAAGAAUCCUGGCCCAGUCCACCACCACCACCACCAGAGGAGGGACUCAAAGAUGCUCGACGUCAAUGGCUGCAGCCUUGUUGCCGAUGGGUCGAAGCCCGUGCUGAGGCCAACACUCUCCAUCGGGCAAAUUCUCAGCCGGAAGCUCUACGGCUCCGGCGACCUUGAGGCGGCAACACAGGUGGCCCUGCAAGCUCAGCCGAAGGUCUCGCUGGGCCAGAUGCUGAGCCGCCGCCAGGGAUCACCAUCUCCGCCGCUGUCGGAAGACAAAGCCACUGCCCGCAGGCGGAUGAUCCCCUCAAAGAGGAAGAAGUUCGGCUUCGCCGGCCUCUCCCACCUGUUGGCGAACCAGAACAAGAAAAAGAUGAAGGCGAAGAAGAAGAGGAAGAAGAAGCUGCAGCAACCGUCUUGA